GACGAACUUCUUCAUGCAUGGAGAUUAUCAAUUGGCAUACUGUCCAAUUGCUCAAAUUGCGUCACUGGCCUUCCGCGAUGAUGCUUUCGAAAAUGAGCUGACCCCAGAGUUGAUCUGGGGAAUUAAGGUUCCAAAGCGUACCAGAGCUCUUCCGCUUCAGUGGAAAAAGGAUAAGUUGAACCUUCCUCUACUUCGACGUGUGGUUCGAACUCAGUAUGGCCACGGGGUUCAUCUGACGCUACCAAUGACUCGAGCCGGCUGGCACCCAAAGAUCUGGGAGAGGAUGGAGGAUUUGAGGAUAACCUAGGUCAUUACAACUUCUGACGUUGGACCGCAAAUGAAGCCAAUCGCCACUUUACCAGUCAAGAGCGGAAAAGGGUUCUUGGCCAGUCCGGAGACUUUAUUUUCGAAAAGCAUUACCAAGCGAAUUUAUCCAGC